AUGGCGGAAACACCGGUUGCAGGAGCUGAUACACAGUUUCCUUCCACCGCGCCAGCACGCCACCUCCACUACGCAGCCAACACUCGACUGCAGCAAACAAGUGAGGAUACGUAGCUUAACACACAUACAUGUUUGUUGCAUAUAUGCGUACGAGUGCGUGCGUAAUGCACUUGUUGCAGCCUGGGACCGUUGCCUCGUUGUGGAAAAGUAAGAAGAGUAAGGAAGGAAAAGUCAGGAGAGCAUGUCGGUCGGUUCCAUGCCCAUGACAUUGUUUGUGUCCGCAGCGUGUCUUCGCCAGCCCGUGCGACGGCCGUUCAGCUGCUGGAGAAGCCAUUCUCCCACCCCAACAGCCCCCGAGACUUCUUCUAUGUGCAGAUCCUCUCGCGCCGCAGACCCGGGUGCAAGUCGACACAUGAGGAGCUCAACCCCGCUCUGCCCUGCAGCAGAGUGGUGCUGGGGAUGGCUGAGCGGCUGUUCCCCUUGUCGGACUCCCCUGGCCAGUACGGCAACAGCAUUGGCUGGAACACCAUGUCGGGCUGGUGUUUGCACAGGGGGACCGCCGUUGUCAGAGAGACUUCAACAGUCAAGUGAGGGAGGGGACGAGCGGCAUCGUUCGAUUGCUGUCUAAGGUGUUGUUCCUGCGCUGCUGCAUCUGUGAAGGGUCGGCGAUGAGCUCGGCAUAUGGGUGGAGUUCAUUCGUGCCAGCACACCGCCUGUGGGCGAGCAACAACAGCCUUACCCGACUGCCGUCACUCCUCACCGCUUCACCCGCCGCAUCUGGUUCGCCCUCAAUGGCUCUCUGAUCGCCUUCCACGACCUGGAGCCCAGAGAGGACCUCCUCCCCACCGUCACAUUGCUAGAGGUGCGCUGCGCGCCAGAUGGAUGGAAGCAAUGCCUUGCCUUCUUGAUGUGUAUGAGUAUAUGAUGUAUGUCAUCUGUCGUGUUGUGUUGUGUUGUGUUGUGUGUCAGCCAGCCAGGUGACCGUGUGUGCCUCUUCCCCCACCUUUUCGCCAGCCCUUUCCGGCCACCCGCCCCUUCCUCCCUCCCACCAGUGCCCUCACCGAGGUCCUUCGCCGGGUUGGUGGACAGCAAGGGCGGCGGCGCUGGCCAGCCGGCAGCGGCCCCGGGGUUCCCCCAGGACGGAGGACUGUUCAUGACACCGGCAUAUGUCACGGCGACACAGGGCACUCUCAAGAACACUAUACAGGGCAACAUCAGCAAGUGGGUGUCUCGUCUUUGGCUGCGUGUGUUUGUCUGACGGCAUCUGUUGUGUGUCGUUCUAUCGUUCUAGGAGGGGCACCGUCCGCGUGACCGAGGCUCUGUCCCGCGAUCUGAAUUAUUAUGAGGUAGUGGUGUUGAAUGUGCAGAAGAUCGGCCCGCCCGGGCUGACCGUCGGCAUCGCAACCGCCGACCAACUGCUCACAGUGAGGGACGGCCAGCCAGGCUGAGAGGGUGUAUCUGUGCGUACGUCUCAUUCAUUUGACAGGAGCCGCUUGAGACGGGCCUCGACGCGGCCCGCGGUGUGCUGCUGAAUCGCCACCGGGACGGGCACUGCUCCGUCACCGAAGUAGAGGAAGAAAUCUCAAUCAGCACAGGAGACUGCAUCGGUAGACCAUCCAUCCAUCCUCCAUCACCCUUACACACGCACCAAAGGCUGCAUCGUGUUCAUUAUAUGCAGGUUGCGGCAUCAUCUGGGCCUCCCCUGAGCUCCUCUCCGGGCAGCAGACGACACUCACGCGGAUCACGGCCAUGAUGGGCUUCGGCGGCGCCAAGAAAUCCCCAUCUCGCGAGCAGAGGAGCCGCGGCUCAUCCAUCCAGGAGGAGCCACCCGACAUUGCCCCCACCUCUCCCAGCAGCCCCUCGGCCGCGUCUCAGCAGAACCGCCCCCCCCUGCCAAAGACGAAGACAACCGCUGCUGCUGCUGCUGCUCCUGCAGAUGCCCCCCGAAUGGUUAGCCUGCCGUUCCUCUUCGACAGAUCAGGCGGGGCGGGGAGGAAGGAGAGCGGCGCGGGGAAGGAGAAGUCGCCGCAGAGCUUGGAUGGCGGGACGCCACACGGGGAGAGGAACCAGGUGGAUGAGCUCGAGAGCCUGCUGAAGCGUCAGCAGACAAAGGACACGAGGGUCAAGCUCUUCAGCCUGGUCACGGUCGGCAACGCCGGCAGGUUCACCGCAAGAGCCGCGUGAGACACACGCACACACAGACGCGUGUAGAGACACCCGUUGGCAUCUUGGUCAUCCAUCGGCUCCUGCCCUGCAUGCAGGAAUGCCGCCCACUUGGCCAAGAUGGAGGCCAUUUUCGCGAGCAGCUUGGACGAGUCCCUCCAGUCAAUCGGCGCCGCGGUUCACGAGCAGCUCUCCUUCUACCUCGACCAGCUUAAGAGCCAAGCCAACCUGUCAACCAAGGACACCACCCAGCUGCAGACCAUCCUCCGGCAGUUCUCGUCGUUUGACCACACCAUCCAUGAGGGUGAGGAGGACACCGAGGAAGCCAACGCAUGGGCUCAAUUGGAACCCGGGGGCGAGUCCCCGGCAGCAGCAGAGGGGACGGCCGUCCUCGCCCUUCCCACCGUCACUAGUGAGGAGCCGCCACCACCAGAAGCCCCUGAUGACCUACUGUGGGCAGACAUGGCCAAAGACACCACUUCCGUGCAGGAGCAGCAAGAACCCACCCAGCAGCAGCAGCAGCCGCCGCCGCAGCCGCCGCAGCCGCAGCAGCAGGAGCCACCGCGAUCUCCCGCGCCCGGAGCCUCCGAGGAGCCGCACUCGAUCGUCCUUCAUGAGACAGCUGCUGAUCGACAGCGAAGAGCAUCCCAGGAGUCUCUGCUCUCUGUGGCCCCAUCGCUAAGGGAGUCGUCUCCCAGCGGCGGGAGGCUGAGAUCGAUGGCCUCCCGUGCUGGCGGAGGACGGCGGCAGGUGGCCUCUCCAGGUAUGGGUCUGGGGGGCGUCGGGUGCGUGUUUGUCACGCUGAAUGGCCGGCUGGUCGGCAGCUGUCAGCCCGAGUGGCUCAAACGAGACACAAAGGUGUAUCCGGCAUUUACCCUCGAUGGAGGCGUGAGUGUCCGAUACUGGGCGCCCAAGGAGGCCCGUGGGAUAAUGGAUUUCUCCGAGAGCAGCGAGACCAGGCCGCCGUCACUAUACAGCCAAAGCCUUUCCCUGUCAUACCUCAAGGACAUUGUGGUUUGUGCCUACCGAGACGCGAGUGUUCUGCGACGGCGUGUCUGUCUCGUGUGUGCGUACCUACUUGUGCAGGUGAAGCAGUUCGGUCCUUUUGCGUGCCAUCGCUGCGUGUUCAAUGGCUGGAGCAUCGUGUCCGGCGAUGUGCCUGUGCCAACAAAGGGCCGAGCGGCCGCUGCGAUCGUCUUCAGGCGCCCCCUGUCACCCGGCAAUCCGUUCUUCGAGGCAGGCGGCUAGUCAAAACACACACACACGCACAUAUGUCCCUCCCUGUGUGCGGCCAGGUGACGUUAACGGACACGACGGACGUGUUGAUAGGGCUGGGUGGCGACCACCGGAACUUCCGCAACGACCAGCCGCCGCGGAUUGGUGACGAGAUGCACUCGCUGGCCAUCCACCCGAGGCUCGGGGUCAUGCAGACAAACCGCGAGAACUCGCCGCUACCCCUGCAAUGGACAGCACAGAUCGGUGACAGGUACGCACAACAGCCUGCCUAUGGCACGCACUCAGAGCUGGAGCUUUGUGUCUGUCUCACACAGGGUUCGUCUGUCCGCUUCCUUCGGCGCACAUGGCGAGUUCGAUCACGCCGUGGUGGUGGGUGUGAACGAGGAUGUGGUGGGCGAGUACCCGGUGCUCAUGAGCACCGCCUCCCUCCACCCUACAGUCAUCUUCAACGCGCCCAACCAGACCGUGAACGUCCGAUUCGCUGGCCCAUUUGCAGAAGACGACCACGGGGGGGAGGGCUCAUCGGACCUCGCCCAACACGUCUUGAGAUGCAUUCGUGCACAGACCUCGCUGAACCACCAUCCUCCUACCGCCUCACCGAGACCAACACCCAUCCCUCUCGCCGCGUCUCAGAUCAAGACGGUGACGCUGCCGUCAGCUGCCAAUGGUGGCGGACAUGAGGACACUCGUCGGCCACUCAGUGUGAGCGGUGAUCUUCACAGCCAAACGCACAGCCGGCGGUCCAGCAUAAUGAGCGCAAGGUCCCAGCGGUCGAAUGAGCAGCGAGAGAAGGACAGAGAGACAUGCAGAGAGAGGGAGAGGGGUCUGGUCAAGGAAGACCUGGAGCCACCGGGGAGGACCAGGGAGACGGCACUUGCUGCGGCCAUGAGGAACUCGGCACUCGCGCUGGCUGAUAUCCGUGUAAGGAAGACAGCACAGCAUACACACACGAUGAAUGAAUGUAACUCACCUUCGGCUGCUUGUUUAUUAGGCGGCGAGUCGAGCACCCGAUUUGCUGCCCUCCGGUGGCCCGUUGCCCGUCAUACGUGCAGCGCUGCCCGCGUCGCUACGACACGUUGAUCCGGCAUACUCGCCCGCCACGAUGGCCCAGCUGUGCUCACUGCUCCAAAGGGUCAGCGAAGGUGGGCAGGUGUCGACUUGUUUGUACGUAUCUCUGCCAUGGCAUGCAGAUGGCGGUGUUGUCGUUGGACGACCGCGGCGCUCGGCUGAAGCGCUUCGGUCCCAUCUCAGGCGAGUGGCUUGCGCCCAACCGCGAGAACUUCAUCGAAGUCCUCAACGCAGCAGAGGUAGGUAGGUAGAUACCCGUUUGCCUUGCCAUUCAUCCUUUCCUUUCAUCGCCCAUGUGUCUCCCUGUCUCUCUCUGCUUGUGUCUACGCGUCAGAUGCUCGACAUAGCGCAUCAGCGUUUUCGCACGUCCACACACGGGCAGGUAGAGCUCACUGCCCAAGGUGAAGUCAUCGAGUCUUUGUCAAAGGGCAUCUCGCGGGCUCCCUCCAUCCUGCCUGUGGUGGCGGUGCACGGCGCCGACCUCAGCUUCCAGAUCCAGCCUCCCAAGUCGCGGUUCGAGACCAUAUUCGACGAGAUGCGCAUGGGCGAGCAGCAGACAGGGGAGGCGGCGAAGGGGAGGAAAAGCUUGGAGAAGGGCGCACUGUCCCCUCUCCAAAGACUCCUCUCACCGGACCGUAGGCGUCGCUUUUACCCAUGCUUGAUUCUCAUCGUGUCUGGGCUUCUGCCUGUCAGAGUCUCGCUUUCCCGCUGAAGCCCCCAAGGCUCCACAGAACGAGACAUCACCGCCACCAGAGGACACUCCCUCGCCAGAAGGCUCACCCGAGCCAACCCCUGAUCAUCAGCCACCGUCUGCGACGCAGCCCCGCCGGCCAGCACACGGGCGGGAGCUGGUCAAGCGGCUCAAGCAGAAGGUGCAGGUGGCAAGAGUGCUGGCACGCUUCCACAGGGGGAUGACCAAGACCGGAGACAUUUCCAAGACGCACACCAGUGCAUCGGUGCCGUCGUCCAGACGGUCAUCCACGGCGGAGAAGGAGGUAUGCGAGGCGAUGUGAUAGAUGAGGGCUUAUCGCGCAUUCUCAUUCAUGGGUGUUGUGGAGCUAUCAGGACGAUCGUCUGGAAGUAUUCCGUCGUUCGCAAGCCCGUCGAGUGAGUUUGUUGGGCAAGGCGCCUGCCAUGGCGGUGCACGACAUGAGUGCGGCCACCAAAGGCACCUCCGUCGUAGAUUUGGACAGCGGCACCGUACUCACGGUCGGUAUUGGGGCUUGCACGUUUGGCGUGUGUAUGUCUCUGUCUCUUGCCGUCUCUUCCUCUGGUGGUUCAGUACAUGAACAACAUGCACAAUCUCGUUCGCGAGGCGGCUCCUGUGAACGAAUUCGCCCUCAGGCCAAAAAGGUCAGCCUAACAGACCCUCUGUGUCUCUCACUCCUCGUCUCGAAUGGGUGCAGAGGGUCUCAAAUCUUCCUCGACUUUACCACAGAAAACCAAGAGUCCGUGAGACACAGCGCACGACACACAUACAUGCGGCUUGCGCACGUGCCUCACUCACGUCUCCCCUUACAGGUAUUCCCCCGCCCCCUCUACCCCCCGCUCGCGACACACGAAGCGGCAGGCCUCACAAACGCCCAAGCGGAUCCCCUUUCGUCGACUCGACAGCACGGGCCCGACCCCAGCCAGCCGCCGGUCCAGCACCACCCACCUUCGCACAUCCAUCGCCUCCAUCACGGCCCGCACCCCCACCCACACAACCCCGGCUGCCAACAACGAUCUCGAGGGCAUCCACGCGAGACGGGCCUCCAUCGUCCACAUCGCCAACAGGCGGGCAUCCAUCUCCAUGUCUGGCAGAGCGAGCCCCGCACAGCUCAGCCAGCGCUCCCACGUGUCUCGCGAGUCGUCACGGUCCCAGCUCGACACGCCCACCGCGUCGCCAAGAAGGACGGGGGGCGCCAUGAGGGCACAGAGUAAGCGACAUGCAGUCGCUGACCGUCAUGCGCUGGUCCAGAAGGUGAGGAUCAAGAAGCUCGCGCAGAAGCAGGCCGGCCUGGCAGACGAUGAGAUGAUUAUCGAGGAGCAUCCUGCCAGCACUGAGGGAGAGGUGGCGGGGGAGUUCCUUCGCGUAGGCGGACAUGCGGACAGAAGGAGGGGCGAAAAAGGUGAGCGACUACGGCUGGCUGGCUGGCUGCGAUGGUUUGUCGAUUGCAUGUAUAUAUGCUUUGGGUGAUGUCAGCCGGUACGGCGACGUUGUCUGAGCAGCGGCGGAACAAACUGCUGACUUAUCUGAGCGGCCGACCACAGAACGUCCAGGGCAUCAACAGAAGGCGCACACUGAGGAGGUGGGGAUGAGAUAACAAUCCCUUCAGCACAAUCCGCUGUGCGAGCAUGUCUGUGUCAUUGCUCGUGUGCGUGUGUCCAGGUUAUCGAUAACAGCGAAUGACAACAUGUCGGUGCAGGAUGCAGCAAAGGCGGCAGCGGAGUUCUAUUCAGCAAAGAUGGGCACACAGGGGCCGACUAGGUAG